AUGUCGGAACAAACAUUCGUACGAUUCAACCAACUCCCCACAGAGGUCCGCUGGCUUGUCUGGGCCGAGUAUGCGCUGCCUCGAGGCCCUAUGCUCCACGAACUGUCCUACGUGAGUGGCUCCCCCGGGCAAGUCUUGGUAACUUCGGUUCACAGAGAUUUUCCGUCCGCGGAGAACUUAUCUACCAUCAGACCUCUCAUGAAGGUAAAUUGGGAGUCGCGAGAACGAGUUCUCGCGGGGCGCCAGGUACAAAUAAGGGUUGAUGGCAGCGAUGAUUUAAUCAAGAUCACAUAUAAGAACGAUGUGUCUGGCCGUUCCUACUUUGAGAUGUUCAGACCUAAUGGGCUGCAUGGAUUUUUCUUUGUGAAGUGGGACAUUGACGUAUUCCUUUGGCAAAACAACUUCCAGGCUUCCACGGACAACAUCCUCAAGAGCAGCUGUCUUUAG